AUGGAUCAAGUACUUGGUAUUGCCAGUUGUUUUGCACUGCUGAUCCACUCGCACGCAAUUGUGAUCAUAUUCCUGCCGAUAGUAUUGUGUCGCAGAUACAAACAGGGAAAUGCUACAACAACUUCAAUGCCCAGUAUCAGAUAUCAGGCAGGAAAAUCACCGCCAAACAAUGCUCCUACAACAAGCGUAGAUCCUAGACAACAAUCGCCGUUCGCUGAUUCGACGGUAACACCAAACCGCAAUAGUCCGGCGGUACUCAUGCCGAACAACGAGAACAAAAUCGGAACGGAUGCGGCAAAUGUUACGAUGAAGUUAGACCAACGAAAUUGUGCUGAGAAUAAACCUGACAAACAACAAACUGAAACGCGAUCACCGAAUUUAGAGAAUUUACCGGUAUGGUUAAUUGGUGCAUAUCCAUGA